AUGUCGUACAAUGGACCAGACGGCAUAGAUUACGAGCACCCUGUUCAUGGUGUACCAAGUGGAACGUACCGGACCGAAGAUGGGAGGAUUGUGGAUAGGUUUCUGGUGACAGAGAAGCAAGCUGUACCGGACACAAAGAUCAUGUUUUCCCAAACAACGGUACCUGAGAAGAAAGUCGUGAUGGAACCCAAGACGAUCAACAUCAAGGUUCCCAAGACUGUAAUGGAGCCGUACGAAUACACUGUGCAAGAGCCUCGUACCAUUAUCGACGAACAAGUUAUCUCUGUUCCGAAGACAGUCAUGGAAGAGCAGGAAGUGAUAGUUCCUGUUCCCAAAGAAGUGAAGAUCCCGGUUCUUAGAAUGGUCCCUAGAACAGUGAUGGUCCCAAUGAUGACAUAUGUCACGAAGCAUGUGCAAGAAAACGAGAAGCGAGUUAUUCAAGUUCCCAAGACAAUCACAGAAGAGCGCAAAGUUCAAGUCCCACGACAAGUUAUGGACACGAAGCAAGUCACGGUUCAGAGACCGAGAGUGACCAUGGAAGAUAGACAGUACACCGUUCAAGAGCCAACAACCGUUGACGUUCCCCGCAUCGUCCCCGUUGCACACACAGUGCAGAGCCAGAAAUUUGUUGAUACACCUCACAUCGUUGAGUACGAGAGGCCCUCGAUCCAGCCCGGGCGAUACCUCAGGAGCUAUCGAGCGCCAGGUGUCUCCACCACACAGGUGGACCAUCAUAACAGCUCGGCUCCUCCAAACACCUCGUAUGCAGUGACACAAUACUACCAACAGCCUCAGACUCAAAGUCAGUACCAUCAGAGCUACGUCCAGGAGAGCUACGUGCCUCAGAGCUAUGUCCCGAGGUCUCAGAGUCAGUACCAGCAGCAGAGCUAUGUCCAGCAGCAACGUUACGAGCGCUACAGCCCACAGCGUGUCAUGCAAGAAGGAUCUAGGGUAUGA